AUGGCGUCUCGUGCAAAGAAGCGGCGCAAGAUGCAGCAGUCUUGCAGAGGGUUCAUGGACUGCCGGUUCCUCCGACCGACCUCGAACAUGUGCGAGCGCCUGUUUUCAGUGACGAAAUGGGCUUUGACGGACCGCUGUCAGAGUAUGCUGCCGUCCAACUUCGAAGAACAAAUGUUCCUUCAUUCCAACGCCUUUCUUUGGGGUAUCGACGACGUCAAGAGUGUCAUGGAAGGAGUAGCACAGGAUGAGUAG